AUGACCAUUUAUAUGGAGCCGGACCUUACCUUCAAGUGGACGCUCCGCACCAAGACGCAGAUCGUCGAUUGGCAGAACCCUACUCUAUUGGACAUAUACAGAGGCGACACCAGACUCCCUCCUGAGAGUAAUGUAGUGACAGUGGAAGCAACCAACGAAUGGGUGUAUUGGAUCCUUGAGGACCAGACCGGACGAGAUAUUUGGCAUCCUAUGCAUCUUCACGGUCAUGACUUUUACAUUCUGGCCCAAGGUUCAACAGCAUACGACUCUAGCGUGAAGCUAAACACCAAGAACCCGCCACGAAGAGAUACGGUGACAUUAUAUGGUAGUGGAUACCUAGUGAUUGCUUUCAAGACAGACAACCCUGGCUUAUGGCUCAUUCAUUGCCACAUUGCCUUUCACGCAAGUCAAGGCCUCGCUUUGCAGCUUGUCGAGAGACCUGCAGAGAUACCCGACCUGAUUGCAGCAGAUGUCGACCAACUAAACGAUACGUGCAAGACCUGGGCGCCGUUCUACAACUCACUAGCUCAAGCACAUUAUAAACAGGAUGACUCGGGUAUCUAA